ACUGGGGACGGCUCAGUUUCCCCAUCAACACUUUUCGCGAUUCCGCAAUCCCAACCUGAGCCAUGGCGACUCUCCCAGCUAUGGAAGUCGAUCCUGGCUCUCACGGAACGAUGAAAAUUGAGAACACUGAGAAGAGGGAUACUCUGCGGGCCAUUGAGCAGAAGUACCAGAAGCUGUGGCAGGAAGAGAGGGUCUUCGAGGCAGACGCGCCGUCUUGCUUCGAUUUCACCGCGGGAUCCCACUCUGCUGAUGGUCCGAAUUCCCAGACCCGCAAGUUCUUCGGGACCGUGGCAUAUCCGCAAGUAAAGACGGUAUCGGUUACCAACUCGGCGUAUGGCUAACUGAGCACAAGAUAUGUCAAUGGCGUCCCGCACCUUGGCCAUGCCUUCACAGUGUCCAAGAUGGAUUUUGCGGCGCGGGUGGCGAGAGCGCAGAGGAAGAACACCCUCUUCCCCCUGGGAUUCCACGCGACUGGUAUGCCCAUCAAGGCUUGCGCUGACAAGCUGGCCUAUGAGAUGACCUUGUUCGGCGAGCUGUUCAGUGAAUGCCCUGCGCCAGAUGCGAAUGUGGACGGGCAGCAGGAGGGCCCAACCGCACCGCCUCGGCCUAGGGAAGAUGUUACGAGAUUUACCAACGUCAAGAAAGGCAAGGCAGCCCUAAAGUCCGCGAAGGCGAAACAUCAGUUCCAGGUCAUGUUGUCCCUCGGCAUUCCUCGGGAGCAAAUCCACAAGUUCGCAGACGCCGGAUACUGGCUCCAAUACUUCCCUCAGCUCUGGCAACAACACCUGACUGAGUUCGGCUGUGGCAUUGACUGGCGGCGCAGCUUCAUCACGACCCACGUCAACAGCUACUACGAUUCGUUCGUGCAGUGGCAGAUGCGGCGCCUGAGAGAUGCGGGUAAGAUCCGGUUCGGCAAGCGAUACACCGUUUACUCUCCGAAGGAUGCCCAGCCAUGUCUGGAUCACGACCGGGCUACCGGAGAGGGUGUUCUGGUGCAGGAAUACGUCGCCCUCAAGUGCAAAGUGGUACGCUGGUCGGCGCGAGCCAGCGACGUGCUGUCCUCCUGCGAUUCUAUCCCCAGCGACGCCGACGUCUUCAUGAUCGCCGCGACGCUCCGGCCGGAAACCAUGUACGGACAGACGAAUCUGUUCGUCUCGCCGAGUCUCACGUACGGGAUAUUCAGAAUUUCGGCGAAGGAGUUCUACAUGACAACCGACCGGGCCGCGCGCAAUCUGGCCUACCAAAGCGUGUUCCCCAACUGGGGCGUGAUUCCCAGGGUCGCCGGAGUCAGCGGCUCUGACCUGCUGGGCACCUUGGUUCGUGCGCCGCUCAGUGCCAAGGGCGACAUCUAUGUGAUUCCCAUGGAUUCCAUAAAGGAGUCUAAGGGCACUGGAAUCGUUGCAUCUGUGCCAUCGGACAGUCCGGACGACUACAUCACGACGGUAGAUCUUUCGAAAAAGGCGACCCUCCACGGCGUCGAGCCGGAAUGGGUGUGCCUGGACGUGCUUCCAAUCAUCAAUACGCCCGAGCACGGCAACAUGAUCGCCCCCGCGCUCGUGGAAAAACUCAAGAUCAACUCGCCGAAUGACGAGCGCCGGCUGCUGGAGGCCCAAGAAAUAGCGUACAAGACAGGCUUCUACCACGGAACAAUGGCUUAUGGUCCCUUCGCAGGGAAGUCGGUUCAAGAGGGCAAGGCACUCGUCCGCCAGCAGCUCCUCGACUCCGGCGACGCCUUCACCUACUGCGAACCCGAGUCACCCGUCACGUCUCGCUCCGGGGACGAGUGCGUGGCUGCGUUCCUCGAUCAGUGGUUCCUUACCUACGGCGUGGACGAAGAGUGGAGAAACGACACCCUAGAGCAUCUGCGAGGCGAGGACGGGCUCGGCUUCAAUUGCUUCGGAUCCGUCACCAAACACUCGCUGGAGCAGUCGCUUGCUUGGAUGACUGAGUGGUGCGUUACGCGGCAGUACGGCCUCGGGACCCAGCUACCGUGGGACGCGUCCCAGCUGGUCGAAGGGCUGUCGGACUCGACCAUCUACAUGGCAUACUACACGGUUGCGCACUUCCUGCACUCCGACAUGUACGGCAAAGAAGCUGGCACGGGCAACAUCCGGGCGUCCCAGAUGACGGACAAUGUAUGGGACUACGUAUUUGCGCUUUCCGAUGACGUGGGAAGCAGCGAUAUUGACAAGUCAACGCUGGACGCGAUGCGUCGGGAGUUCACGUACUGGUAUCCACUUGAUGUUCGGGUCAGCGGCAAGGACCUGGUGAACAAUCACUUCGUCUUCUUCCUCUACAUCCACCAAGCCAUCUGGGGCAAGCAAGCGCCGCAAUACCUCCCCAAGGGCAUCCGUCUCAACGGUCAUCUCAUGUUGAACGGAGAGAAGAUGAGCAAGAACACAGGCAACUUCCUCUCGCUGGACAGCACCAUUCACAAGUUCGGCGCCGACGCCACCCGCAUUGCCCUUGCGGACGGCAGCGACGGCAUCGAUGAUGCCAACUUCGAGGAGACGACCGCCAAUGCCGCUGUUCUGAAGCUCUUCGAGUUGAAGAGAUGGGCGGAGGCGGUCAUUUGUCGUCCGCGCCUGCUCGGCCCCGAGGAAACGUUUGAGCAAGUGCGGGCAGCAGAGAAGCCCGACGACGCGGACACAAUCCAGAGAACGGGAUCCAUGAGCUUCUGGGAUGAACUCUUCCUGAAUGAGCUCAACUCGCUAGUCAGAGAUACUGUCCGAGCAUACGAUGCAACCCACUACAAAGCCGCUCUCAAAGCAGGCUUCUACGACCUCGCCUCGGCUCGCGACACGUACCGAGCCUGGACAGCAGCAGCCUCCUCAUCUGGCAUGCACCAAUUCUGCGUCCGUCGCUACGUCGGGUUGCAAGCGCUCAUGCUUGCCCCCAUUGCCCCCCACUGGGCAGAUUACAUCUGGCGAGAAGUCCUCGGAAAGCCCUCCACCAUCCAGACAGCCCCCUUCCCGAGCCCGGCGCCGCCCUCCCGUAGCCUGACGCUCACAUGGGCCUACAUCAAGCAUACGCUCUCCCGGCUAACGGCCGCGUGCGCAGCCCAGAGCAAGCGCCGCGCCAAGAGCAGAGCGAAAAACGACGCCCACGCCGGGGACGCCACAGCCGAGCAGACGCUGAUCCUCCGCGUCGCCACUGCCUGGCCGCCCUGGCAGACGCAGUAUCUCGCCCUCGCCCGACGGCAUUUUUUCAGCAGCGAUGCGGGGCUCGACAUCAAGGCGCUCACGCGGGAGAUCGACAAGAGCGAGCUGAAGCGGGCGAUGCCGUUUCUGCAGCAGGUGAAGAAGCAGCUCAAGGGCGGGGCUGAGCCGGCCGAGGUGUUCGAGCGGCAGCUGGGGUUUGACGAGGUGGCCGUGUUGAACGAGAUGGCGCCGUUGAUGAGGAGGAUGGUGGCGGGGUUGAAGGAGGUUAGGAUCGUGAAAGUGGCGGGCGCAGAUGAGACGAGCGCUGAGCCCGGCCGUCCGGCAAUGGAGUUUGUGGGUUGCGAGUUGGACGGCAAGCAGGCAGGUUAAGGCGGGGCGGCUUAACAUGCAGUGGUCGCGUGCGUGCUCGUGGAGGGAGGGAGGAGAACUUUCGACAGGCAACCUCGGCCCGCGAAGGGUUGCAGGGGCUAUCCAUAUCCAACCUGCUACCUCAUGUAAAGAGGGCCGGAGUGGUGGACGGCCCAAUGCCAGAUGGCCAUAAGCUCGCUGUGCAGUUGGACGGCCCCGUGCUAUGCAUUUGUUACCUUGUCUAUCCCUUUCGCUUUGCUGUGGAUCAAGCACUGCUGCAUGAUGGUCACCAGUUGGGCCGUGGCGGAAGCGCCAUGCUAAUCCGUGAAGGAAGUUCGAGAUCCAAACUGUGUCUUCCUCCGCCCUGUGUAAACCCCGGCCCUCAACUGGUCGACUGGGAAGGCGCAACGAGACAUCCUGCCGACAGACGCCACCGAAGUACCGCUCCAGCCAGCUUGUUA